AUGUCCCAUUUAAGCCGCUGAAAAAUUAGGGCUUCCAAAAUUUCUCUCGACCGCCGCCAUUGCCAGAUUUGCUUGCGACCUCCUCCGACCCCCAAACACUCCCUAACCCUAGCUUAGCUGAAAUUUGUGGAUGGCGACACAGAAGGAGCAAGACAUCCAGAUGAUGUUGGCUGCCCAUGUGCACCUCGGAACCAAGAACUGCAACUUCCAGAUGGAAAGAUAUGCUUUUAAGCGUCGGACUGACGGGAUAUACAUUAUUAAUCUUGGAAAAACUUGGGAGAAGAUACAGCUUGCAGCUAGAGUAAUUGUUGCCAUCGAAAAUCCUCAAGACAUAAUUGUCCAGUCUGCUAGGCCGUAUGGUCAAAGGGCCGUCUUGAAGUUUGCCCAAUAUACUGGAGCUCACCCUAUUGCUGGGAGGCAUACCCCUGGAACUUUCACUAACCAGCUUCAAACAUCCUUUAGUGAACCUCGUCUGCUUAUUCUUACUGAUCCAAGGACUGAUCACCAGCCAAUAAAGGAAGCUGCUCUUGGAAAUAUUCCAACGAUUGCCUUUUGUGAUACUGAUUCACCAAUGCGGUUUGUUGAUAUUGGAAUUCCUGCUAACAACAAGGGGAAGCACAGUAUAGGUUGUCUCUUCUGGUUGUUGGCAAGGAUGGUCCUCCAGAUGCGUGGUACUAUUGCUCCAGGACACAAGUGGGAUGUUAUGGUUGAUCUAUUCUUUCACAGAGAUCCUGAGGAAGCUAAAGAGCAACAAGAAGAAGGGGAGGCCCCUGUUGCCCCUGAUUAUGGUGUUGUAGCUGAAUAUGGUGGUAUUAUACCUUCUGAACAAUGGCCUAGUGAUUUUGCAAAUGCUACUCCUGAUGUUGGAGCAAUUCCUAGCUUGGUUGCACCAACUGCUGGGGUUGAGUGGACUUCUUCUCAAGUAACAGCUGAUUGGGACGCUGCUGCGGCUCCAGUUGCAGAAACUGAUUUGCCUCCUGUUGCUGCCCCUGGUUGGGAUCCCGCUUCAGCUCCUGCUGCCACUGGUUGGGAUUAGUUGAUAAGACCUUUGUGGGUUAAUCAGCAUUUUGUGGAACAUGGUUGAGCAAACGUUGAAGUUUUAGUUAAGUUUAUCCAAUUUGCUUGAUUUAUGAAUCAUGGACCGAAAGAUAUGUUAUUUUACCCUCCUUUUUCAUUGCAUGUUUUCAGGUUCAGAAUUCUGCAUUUUUAGAGAAAGUAGAAUAUAAUAGCUGAACAUAUUUUUGUUUGAGAGGAUUGCUUACUGGGGUAAAUAUCGUUCAGCUUGUCAGUUUCUAUCUAUAAAAGAAUUUGUGGUUUACUU